UGGCUUCGAAGCAUCCCUCGUACAGCUCCUUGAGGUUUCUAGGCGCCCACAACGGGUUAGUAAAUUUUCUUCCAAAGGUGACCGUAUUUAGCCAAAGGGGUCGGUCAUAACUUACAGCUUCCCCGGUGGAGUAUCGGAUUCCUCACCGGCCUCCUUGUCGCCCUCUUCGAUCCCAACAACCUCUACUUGGAGAAUUGCCUCGUCUUUGUCGACUGCGAUGCCAACACCAGAGUCAGGACCGCAGUCUACAGCUGCGUUUAUCUGGCCUCGCUGGGUUGCGAGAAACUGGGCAGCUUGUUUCUCCUCUAGACUGAGCUUCUUCGUCUUAUUCUUGCUGAGCAGAGGAAUAUCUAGUUUCAUCAGUUUCAUGUUGAAAAAGGACGAGCCGCCCUCCUUUGCCUUCUUUGCCUUCUUGGCCUUCUUUGCAUCCUGCGUGUCCGCCAUGAGAGCUGUGGGGUCGCAGAUACACGGUAUUCUCAAAGUUGGUCGUUUCGGGUGCGAUAUGUCCAGAUGGCAGCACUCGAAGCCGCCGCCGCCGCCGCUGCUGCUGCUGCUGCUGCUGCUGCUGCUGCUGCUGCUGUUGCUGGUGAUCAGCGACAGCGAGAAUGAGACCUCGGAGGAAUUAUUAUCUGCCGCUGCUCCCGGAAAUGACAGGAGCUGGCCGCCCCCAAGUACAACUAAAUAUUCAAUACGCGUAUUUAAAAGGGCCUUGGCACACACUCAGUUCGCUGAGUGACGUCUUGGUCCAGAGCCCACUCCCAUCCUGACGAAUCAGGGCGUACUGGGGGUGCGGGAGGUUUCAGCUUCGGUAGCCACAUUGUAACCACCAGACAGACUUCC